UGAACUUGUUUCUCUGCGGGGAGAGGGAGAAUACUGCAACUUCAGUCUUCACUUCAAGUCUGUACAGUUCAACAAAAGAACGUAACGCGCACACCGUCGGAAAGAGCUUGAAAGCAGCCCAACCACCAGCGAGACAACUAGUGCAAACAAGGGACCAAGUCACCUACAAUGAACUGAAAGCGUUAGCUAGCUAAAGAAAAAGGAAACAUCUUUGUCCCACACAGACGCUGAAAAGCUGUGAGAGCUGGGACUCAGAUUAGGCAAAAAUGGAACCGCGAAUGAUUUGUACUUAGCCAAGUCGAAGCUAUACUGUUUCUGUUUCUUUUUCUUUUUUCAGCUUUGUCAGGGCAGAGACACAGAAAAAAAGGAGGUGAAAUAGACACACUGCUGUAGAGAGUGUGAGGUAAAUGGAGCCAGAGUUGCUGUGCUGUGAGGUGGAUAGGCCUGCCGUCCCCAGGGCCUACCGGGACUCAAACCUGUUGACUGACCGAGUCCUGCACGCUCUACUACGGGCAGAGGACAACUACCUACCCGCUACCAGCUACUUCAAAUGUGUGCAGAAAGAAAUAGCCCCGUACAUGAGGAGAAUAGUCUCCACCUGGAUGUUGGAGGUAUGUGAGGAGCAGAAAUGUGAGGAGGAGGUCUUCCCUUUGGCUAUGAACUACUUGGACAGGUUUCUGUCAGUGCAGCCCACCAAGAAAAACCACCUCCAGCUGCUGGGGGCUGCUUGCAUGUUCCUGGCAUCCAAGAUGAAGGAAACCAUACCGCUCACUGCUGAGAAGCUCUGCAUCUACACAGACAAUUCUGUCACACCAACUCAGCUACUGCAAAUGGAGCUGUUGGUUUUGAACAAGCUGAAGUGGGACCUUGCCUCAGUGACGCCUCUCGACUUCAUUGACCACUUCCUAUCUCAGCUGCCAAUCAGGAAAGAAAACAGGCCCAUACUCAGGAAGCACGCUCAGACCUUUGUGGCACUGUGUGCUACAGAUGUUAAAUUCAUCGCCAACCCCCCAUCCAUGGUUGCAGCGGGCAGCGUGGUGGCAGCUGUGGAGGGCUUACAGAUGAGAAUGGUGGGCAACACAAUGACAUCUCAGUCACUGACAGAGCAACUGGCACAGAUCAUCAGAAGUGACCCGGAUUGUCUCCGGGCGUGUCAGGAACAAAUUGAAUCACUGCUGGAAACCAGUCUCCGACAGGCACAACAGCAACAGCAACAACUGCACUCAGUUUCCAUGGAAACUAAGAAUAUCACCCAGGAGGAGGAUCUCUCGGCCACGCCCACCGAUGUCCGGGACGUCAACAUCUGAUUGGUUGCUGCCAGUCACAGAGUUUGUGUGGAGAUGGGGCUUUUUGAGGGAAGAGGAGGAGUUUGGACUGACUACUUGGAUGAUGUCCUUCAUGUAGGGGCUAUAGAUGAUGCUCUGAAUUUACAGACAGUCCAUCCAGGUGCCUGACUGCCCUCUUGGACUGAUGCUUUAUUGUGUGCAUUCAACCUACACAGUGAAGUGUGAGUGACUGGACAACAGCAUCAAUAUCACACCAAUAUUCCGAGACAAUUUUUAA